CAUACGCUCAUAAACACGUGACCUUCCCACUAUUUUCGCUCACACCCACUUUUCCCAAGCACAGCCUCCCAUCCCAUAUAAAACCCUCUCAACUGACCCCUCACCUUUCUCCUCACCUUCUUCUCAUUUCUCUCUCUAAAACACACACUCUCUCUCUAGAAACAUGGACGAAGAGCAACAGAUGCAGGAAAACGAUUCUCUAUCUUUUUGCCCUAGCUUCAAUAGCUACACUUCACAUAGAUUUGCAGAAAUCGCUUCAGAAGUUGGUGAAAAUUUAGGAGAGGGACCUCAUGUGGAAACCUCAAAUGAACCCGCCGACGACGAUGGUUUUGAAUUCGCAAUAGCAAGGAGCGAUCUAGAUGGUACUGGAGAUGAAAUCUUUUACGACGGUCAAAUUCGUCCGAUUUUUCCCAUUUUCGAUCGCAAUCUUCUAACACGUGAAGAUCAAGAUCAUGAUCAGACUGAGUCUGAUGUCCCGGCGAUUCGAAUUCCAUUAAGUAAGUUAUUCGUCGAAGAUCGUGAACCUUCGUCGGUGUCGUCGUCCGAAGCUGACGAAUUGGAAAGUGUACCGCCGGGCACGUACUGCGUUUGGAGGCCAAAGGUAGUGGAAGCAUCGCCGAGCCGAUGCAAGAAGAGCAAUUCGACUGGAUCGGCAUCGAAACGGUGGAGGUUUAGCAAUUUACUCCGGCGAAGCAACAGCGAAGGCAAGGACUCCUUCGUGUUCAUGACUCCGAAGAGUAGAGAACAAAAAGGUGAUAAAUUUGAUACUAAUGUUAAAGAAAGGGGAGAUGCCGUGAAGGUCACCGCGAAAGUGAAGGCGAAGGGAGUCGCCGGCGGAGAGAAGGCGACGCCGUCGUCGUCAGCUCACGAGGAGUUUUAUGUGCGGAACAGAGCGAUGAAGGAAGAUUAUAAGAAAAAAUCUUUCCUUCCGUACAGGAAAGAUCUUGUAGGCUUCUUCGCUAAUGUGAAUGGGUUGAGCAGGAACUUUCCUCCUUUCUAGAGGUCUCUCCCGCUUUUUAAACGCCAUUUUUAUACAGAUAUAGCUUUUCUUUUGGUUUUUUUCCUGGAAAAUGUAUAUAUAAAUUUUAUGUAUGCAAUUUUAAGAGCCGGUUUCAUUUUUAA